AUGGCCGGCAAUCGAAUGCGUCGUAUUGGCAAGGAAUUGGCCGACAUUCAUGCCGAUACCAAGUCCCAGAUUACCGCGGCGCCUGUCAACGAACAGGAAGACAUUACACACCUACGCGGCUCUUUUCUAGGGCCCCCGGGUACGCCUUAUGAGGGUGGUACAUACACCAUUGAUAUCAAGAUCCCUACCGACUACCCCUUUCCGACCACCAGUCAUGAAGUUCGAGACCAAAGUCUGGCAUCCCAAUGUCAGCAGUCAGACAGUAAGCAAUCACGACACAAACCAUUCAUCGUUUCUCGGCCUCAACUUUUACUGACAAUGUAUCUACAGGGUGCUAUCUGCCUUGACACGCUCUCCAGUGCUUGGUCGCCCGUUCUCACCAUUAAAUCUGCACUCCUUUCCUUGCAAUCGUUGCUCAGUACACCAGAGCCCAAGGACCCGCAAGACGCCGAGGUAGCAAACAUGAUGAUGCGGACACCGAAAGAAUUUGACCGAGUUGCCAGGCAAUGGGCUACCAUCUAUGCUGGUGCUCCUUCAUCCGUUAAUGACAACGCAACUGGUCAGGAUGAGACAGAAGUAUCUGACCAUAACAGCCUGGCUCAUUAUGACGGAUACAACAAGGAGUUAAUUGAUCGAUUUGGCAGCAUGGGCUUUGACGUGGCUCGGGUUGUAUCAGCGUUCCAGGAUGUUGGAAUUGACCGAAAUGGAGGUCUGGACCGUGAGCUAUCAGAUGGUCAAAUGGCAGAUGUCACCAACCGCCUACUUGGAGAGUAG